UUCCAUUUACUGCAACUCCACGUAUAUAGGAGGCGCCAUUUCCAUAUUCCAUACAUACUUAUAUAAACAUAUAAUAUACAUACAUAUAAAUCAUACUAAUAAGAAGAGGAGAAGAGCAAACUCAGAACAAUGAAGCUUUCUUCCAUUCUUCUCUCCGCUUUCUUCAUCAUCAACCUCUGCUCCGCCCUUGAUGACGAUAAUCUCCAGGACACUUGUCCGGCAGCGCCGCCGUCCGGCCUGCGGCCCCUUUUCAUCAACGGCUUCCCAUGCAAGAGCCCUUUCAACGUCACGGCCUCCGACUUCAAGUCCUCGAAGCUCAGCCAUCCCGGCGACACCCGCAACUUCCUCCGCUCGUCCACUGCCAUCGCCACGGCGGCGGACUUCCCCGGUCUCAAUACCCUCGGCCUGGCCGUGGCGCGGACCGACGUAGAAGUCGGCGGCCUCGUGGCGCCGCACACCCACCCGCGAGCCUCCGAGAUGUUCUUCCUCGAGAAGGGGUCGGUCAUCGUCGGGUUCAUCGACACCGGCAACGUCAUCUUCCAGAAGCGUAUCAACGCAGGCGACGUGUUCGUGUUUCCGAGGGGGCUGCUUCACUUCUGCUUGAACUCCGGGAUUGAGAGCGCCACCGCGUACUCGGUGUUGAACAGCCAGAAUCCCGGCCUGCUGAGCAUCUCCGGCUCCGUGUUCUCGCCGGAGGAUUCGGAGAUGGCCGAGAAGUUGAAGAGGAGAUUUGUUGCUCUGGCUGCGGCUGAGAUGGGUCGGAUUGAGAGUACUACGAGCCUUUUUGGGCUUGAGGAUACGGGCAACCUGAUUUAAGCCAUUCCAAACCCUAUAAAUAAAGGAUAAAUUAAUUUGAAGUAUUUUUGUGCCCUUCCAUUAAAGCUUGUAAAAGGCGUGUCCCUAACGGAGCAAUCAUCUGAUGCCAUUUUCAACCGAGUUGUCAAUUUCUCUCAUUAUUAUAUUAUAAAUAAUUUACUAUCAAUUUUUAAC